AUGGGUAACGAACAGACAACUGGUGGAGAGAAAAGUCACCAACAACAAAAAACCACUUAUCAUCCCAAUAUUACAAUCGUCAAUCCGCAACCUGCAUCAUCUGAUACUUUAACUCAAGAUGACAAUGAAUUAAAUAAAUUAGUAGCUAUACCAAAAUUUUAUCCAAUUUUACGUUCGACAAUUCAUAUGCAAAAUGAUGAACAAGUACCACAUUUGGACUAUUUACCCACACUUCAGUUAUCAAUGCGUAUUCAACAACAUUUAAAAUCGUGUUCCGAAGCUGUUUCGUAUGAUCAACAAACAUUGAUAACUCGCAUGAAAGAAGUUGAUGUACGUUCGAAUGCCGUUACUUCUCGUCUGUUAGAAAAACAAAAACGUUAUACUUACUAUUGUGAUCAAUCAAAAAAAUUACGAGAUUUAGUGACAACAGUAAAAAGAUUAGACCAGACAUUAACAGAACUAGGUGACAAAAUGAGAUUAAUUAAUAAUGCUUUACCCCUCGAAGAUAAAUUACCUAUGUUGACAUUUCGAGCUCAAGUAAAAGCUGAAUGA